AACGCCGCCUAUGAUUGGAGGAGACGCCUGUGGAUCAUGCAAGUUCAGGAGGCAUGUUCUAAGUUCCCAAGUUGGAUGGGAAGACAGAAGUGUCUGUUGUAUCUGUGACUUACUGUGGGGUCUGAAGGAAAGCGACGGACCACGGAGACAGGCAAAGCCGCCAUGUCUGGCGGCAGCAGUGCUAACAACAGCUGGACCAUUCUCACUCCUGAGGAGACUGCUGCUGAAACCCUGAGGCCUUUGGCAGAGGGAACACAGCAACAUGAAGAAGCCCUUGCAUCUGCAGCAGGCUCUGGAGCAAACCAGCCUGCAGAGGGUGCAGCAUCUGCAGAGGGGUCCCCUGUGGAGGAACACCUGGCAUCAGAAGAAAAAACAGCAGAGCUGAGUGGCGACACAAGCACAGAGCAGCACACCUCUGUGUCCGCCUCCAUCACCGAUGCCCCUGCUCCGGCCUCUUUGGAAGUCAGCGGCAGCUUUGCUCCAGACAGAGAUGCGCUUAACCAGUCAGAGGGCCUGCCUGAAGGCCUGGCACAGUCCAGUCCUGACCCUGAUUCAUUCUCUGACUCCUAUACCCACAUAACCCCUUCCCCUGAUGAUGAGCCCCCAGCCUCAUUGCUGAGCACAGAGACUCUGGGAGGGGUGGAGUAUACACAAGAAGAAGAGAGGUUUGCACGGGAAGGAGUGCUGCAUCAGUUAAAUGGGGAAGAGGUGCAGCAGGAAGGGGAGGAGUCAGACCUGUCUCCACGGACGACUGAUUUAGGGAAACAGGCAGACUCCCCUGUGGAUUCAGAGGUGGGUGAGGAGAGGACCGAGAAGGCCGAGAAGGAGGCAGAACCAGAGGUGAAGAGGAGGAGGUCUCUCUUAGCCUCUCUGGAGCGGAUCGGGAGGACGGAGGAGGAAGAGGAAGGAGAGGAAGAGUUCCAGCUGCCACGGCGAGAGGAAGACAGCGGGUUCUCUUUGAACAAGUGCAUCCUUGGUGCAGUCAUUCUGGUGGGUCUUGGCACCAUCUUUUUCUCAGGUGUCUUCAUGGACCUGGAUGAGGAGAGUGACUAUGGUACAAGGGAGCUGAAAGAUUCAGAGGCACCAGGAAAACAGGAGUGGCUUAAUCCAGAAGCUCCUCCACCUCCACUAGAUGCUGACAGUACAGAGCUUCUAAAUAAGUUAGCCAAAGGGAACCAGCAGAUUUCUGUGCUACAAGCCCAACUUCAGGCACAGAAAGAAGAGCUAAAAGUAGCCAAGGGACAGGCAGCAGAGGAAGCAAAGGAGCGGCUGCGGUGGGAGGAGGUGGAGAAGGAAAACAGUAGGUUGAAGACAGAGAUGGCAUCUCUCCCUGUUCUUCAGAAAGAGAAUGAGAGGAUGACGAGAGAGCUGGAGUCUGUCCCGGCCCUACAGAAAGAACUAGAAACACUGAGAUCGACUGUGACUGAAUUAAAACGCUCUUCAGCUACUGAAGCAGCUCAAGGACCUGUGAAGCCCACUACGUCGCCCCCCAGUGGUCAGCCAGGGGACAGCAGGCAGGAUGCAGCUGGAACAGCAGAGAGACAAGCCAAGAUACCAUGGAAGGACCAGAAGGAGAAGAAGACAGACAGGAAGAAGGAUAAAUAUGACAAUGGAGAAACGAAGGAGUGGAAAGUGAGAGAAAAAUCUGAAUGGAAGGAAGGAGAGAAAAAGGAGGGCAAAGAUGGAAGUAAAACAGAAUGGAAAAAGGGAAAACAUGAGCAAGGAAAGCUUGACAAGGCGAAAGAUAAGGAGGGUAAGCAGAAGAGGCAGAGUGAAGAGACAAAACAAUGGAAGGAGAAAGAGUGGAAGAAAGAAAAGGCGAGCAGAGGUGAUGAGGGAAAGCCAUGGAAGUCCAGGGAAGGGAAGAAGGAGUGGAUAGAGAAGAGUGAGAAAAAAGAUUGGAAGGAAGAGAAAGGCUGGAAAAAGGCAAAGCACGAGAAAGUGAACGAGGGGAAACAGUGGAAGGGUAAGGAGGAGAGGAAGGAAUGGAAGGCAGGAAAGGACCAUGGAGAGAAACAUAAGGAUAGGGAAGAAUGGAAGGGAGAGAAGGAGUGGAAGAAGGCAAAAGAUGGCUUCAAGGAAAGUGGCAAAGAGAAAUGGGAGAAGAAAGAUUGGAAAGAGAAAGGAGAGAAGAAAGAGUGGAAGAAAGAUGGUGAGUGGAAGGGUAGAAAUGGCAAAUAUGAGGGUAAGGAAGGGAGAGGAAAGGGAGAAAGGAAACAGUGGGAAGAGAGUGAAAAUCAUGGCAAAAAUCAUGGUAAAGAGAGGAAAUGGAAGGAUGAGAGGAAACAGUGGAAAGAGAACGAGUGGAAGAAUAAAAAUGGUAAAGAUGAAAAGGAAUGGAAGAGGAAGGAUGAGAGGAAGCGGUGGGAAAAGAAAGAGGAAGAGUGGAAGAGGGGAGAAGAGGAGAAAAGGCAGAACGGAGACUGGAAAAAGGACAAACCGAGCUCUCAAAAACACAAAGAUGAGAACGAAUUCUCUGGUAUUCACCAUCAUAAAAACCAUGGAGAGGAUGUGUGGGUAGACGGGAAGGCCCGUCGCUCACACAGCCAACCCUCCGUCAAACAGCCAGAGUACUGGGUCCAGCAGAAAGACCGGCUCCAGCACGACCCCAAACCACCACAGAAGUGUAACUCACCAGAGACCUGCGCUCAGGCUGAGGGGCUGCGUCCUGUCCCCCUCCCAGAGUUUGAAGCCAUUCUCCAAACUUACCUAGCCAAGGCAGAGGAGGCAGGAGUGGAUGCUUCUGUGAGGGAGGAGCUCAAAAAGCUAGCCGCUGAGUUCUUCAAGGAUGGAGUCUUUGUUCAUGACAAAAUGAGUUUUCAAGAUUUCGUGGAGGAUGUAGGAGAUAUUCUGGAAGACAUGGUGGAAGGGGAUGAGGAUAAUGAAGAAGAGGAUAGCGACACUGAAAGAGAGGAGGAAAUGGAGGAGUUUGAAAGAGAGGUCAUGAAAAAGUUUUCAGUGCCAGGAGCCGGAGAGAAAGAGGAGAAAAUCAAAGCGGAGUCGAGGAAGGAGAGCGUACGAGGACGUGGCUGAAGGGGAAAAAAAAUUGAUGGCUCUGUCAAACGUAGCUAAGAGGAGUCAUGACAGAUGAGAGGUUAUUCAAAGGGAACACUUGCUAUUGGACCACAAAUGCUUACAAGUAUUCAUUCAUCAUCCUGUCACCCAUUUUUUUACAGGAUCUUAUUUUACCACUGCCGUCUGUUGUCCCAGUGACUCAGCUUACAAUUUAAUUUCACUGUUUUGGGAAAGUUUUGUAUUUCACCUGCACACAUGCACACACCUUAAUACACAGUGAUCGAGAAAGGACUUGAAGCUAAAUCAGACCAUAAGAUUUUUUGGGAUUGACAUAGAAGAGAAGCAGCAGCUAAACACUUGUAAAGCAUUGUUUUUGUAAUGUUGAACAUCCACUGGUAUGAAAGGCAGUUCUGUAGACACAGUUACUUUCUCCCUUUACAUAGAGGAGAUUUAACCUGUUAGACAGACUCAUCUCUAGAAUAAUUACUGUACACUCUUAGUCACACAUUACACCUCCUCCUCUGCAAACAGCACUAUGCACUGUUGAAGCCUACCUAUUCACUGUACCUACUGUACGCCAUCUUUAUGUUGUAAUUGCUUUAGCCUGACUCUUAUUGUCAGAUUACCUUUAAAUCAUUAACAGUUUUUAUAUAUAUAUAUAUAUAUAUAUAUAUAUAUAUAUAUAUAUUAAGAGUGAUUGUGACCUGCUGAAAUGGUUCAGUGAAAUUAGAGAAAUCUGCAUUGACUUUGUUUUGAUUGUUUGUACAUAUUGCAUUAAACAUGUUUAAGGACUAUGCUGAAAUGCAGAGAUAUAUAGUUAACUUAUUUUAUAGAAGUUCGCAUAAUAUAGGUUUAAAAAAAAAACAAUUGGCAGGCACAUGAAAUAUUGACAUGUUGAGCAUGUUUGUUUCUUUUCAGGUACAGAACUCACGUUGUGCACUAAAAUGUCUUUAAUUAUUGUUUUAUCAUGAAUGUAACAUUUGUUUUUAUUGAUUAGUUUGGUCAUGGCAUUUAGGUCAUGAGGAAUAGUUUUCAAAAAUAGCAUCUUUUUUUAUCUGUUUACAGUGCUAACUUAUGAAAUUGCUGAUUUAAGGGCAUACAGCAACACAGAGAUUGUUUUUCAAAAGGUAACAAUGCAGAACCACAUACUGUGUGGGCUUUUUGGCAGCAUAGAGAACUUUAUAUCUUAGGAUGUUCAUAUUUGCCCAUAUAAUUGCCGUAAUAGAAGAAUAAUAAAUUUGUGCAUCUACAUGAUGAAA